UACGAGCUUCGUCGGUUAUUCUAUUGACUCAUCCAGCAAGAAGACAAGGCUUCCCAUUUAAAGAAAGCAGUUUGCUACUUUUUUUGACUUUAACUAAUCGUAAAGAUGAUCGAUAAAGAGAUUGCACUGGAGGCUUUGUGCACACUUUGCAAUGCCAACGUAACAUCUGUUCAAAGACAAGGAUCGCAGGCUGCUUAUCUGAGAUCUGCCCAAUCAGCACCACCGAAGCAGCUGCUCGUCAAGAAGUUCAUCCCUACGGUCUUGGAUGCAGAUGAUACCUGCGAGGUGUCACAGUGCAACUUCAUCUGCCUCCAAGACCUCCUCGGAGGUGUUCAACCAAGAGCAGGCUUUCGCCGAGUGAACCAGGUGGACAUUGGGGCAGUGAAAGACAAAAAUCACAUCAUCGAUGAAAAUGAAUUCUUCGACCCGCGAUUCGACUACGAUUUCACCAACUUGAGAGACACCGCGACUUUCCGCAGGGGUGGAGAGGUGUAUGAGCGCCCAUGUGGUUGGCAACGUUUUGCCCUCAGGGUUCUGGAUGAUUAUGAUGGAAACGCCUGGCUGGGAACUCAAUACCGUAGCACCCAGUCAGUGCCAGGAGAGUGGCCUGUGUCCUACCACGGGACAUCAAAGAAAGGCGCUGAUGGCAUCAUUGAAGGACACUACAAGCCAGGCCCAGGUCAGGUGUAUGGCAGGGGGAUUUACUCUACUCCAUACAUCAAAGAGGCAAUCCCAUACGCCAAAACCUUCACCUCCCAGAAGAACGGCAAGAAGUACCGGGUGAUUCUGCAGAACCGUAUCAACCCUCAGUACAGGCAGAAAUACAACAAUGACAAGUACUGGCUGAUUCCCAUUCCCCAUGGAACGUGCGACGAAGAAGAGGAGAAGAUGGUGGAGAGGGCCAUCCGUCCUUAUGGCCUGCUGCUACAAGAGGUCUAACAGGUUGAGAAGGGUCACAACAAAAUAAAUCUGAAGUACUUGUUUCCUGAGCUUUAUUUUGAAAAUCCAGUGGUGGUGUUGUCUUUGACACAGAAAUCAUCUUUAACAGUUCAUGCCAAAUACUCUCUGAUGCUGUCAAACGGAAACAUGUUCCAUUUGCAUAUACAAGUGAGUAUGUAGCUCCAUACUAGUGUGACUUUCUUGUAAUGAAAUGUCUGCUUUGAUAGACUGUGCUGCAAUAAAUAAACCACCUUAAACACA